AUGCAGUCUGGUGGCCGCUCGGUGAUUCCCCACCUGCGGGGAACCGGAGGCCCUCAAGAAAUACUCGGCGGGCUUCUGCCCUCUACCACACCCCCGGCUUCUCACUGGCUGAUUACUGAGCGGCACGAGGCCGAGUUUUCCCGGCUAAAGAACCGCUUCGGAGCGAGCGGCUGGCAGCGUCCGGCUUGCGCAGCCCGCAAGGGAGAGGAGGAGCUACUCGAGUACGAGCGCACCAGCGGGGAGUUGCUAGCUCCGCGCGCGUCCUGCGUUACCCAGGUAACCCAGGUUAGCAGCUUGAGCUUGCGCGCCUCCAAGGGUGGGGGCGGGGCGGUGGCCUGGCCGAGAGAGCGCAGAGUACCGCCCAGGGGCUCAAUUGCUCCCGGGAAAAAGAUUCCGCGGCUGUCGCCGAGUCCUGGUCCGGAUAAUCUCGUACGUGCUAGCGCUUUCUACGCAGCCUCUGAUCCAGUUUGGCACUUCAUCUUCAAUGAAAAACCCUCAUCCUGCCCCAGGGCUUGGACAGUGAUUGAGAAUCUCUCUGGAAAGAUACACAAGAAACUGGUAACAUUGAUUGCCUUUGGGAAGAAAUCCUGGGAGACAGAGAUAAGAGAGAGAGGGUCUUCCUGCUAUACACUGUCAUGAUCUUUUGAAUUUUGAACUAUAUUUGUGUGUAAUCUGUUUCAAAAAUAACAUUUUUCAUAUGCCUGUGGCCUGGAAGUUAGAAAACAGGGAACCCAGGUUAGUCCUGAAAAAUGGUGAUCACUAUUAUAUGUGGACAUUAGAAAGAGCGGAUAGAGUAGAACAGGGCCUGUGUACUCCGGGAGCAAAGUUUUGUAACUUUAUAAGUGAAACUGUUCUUUUGGAAGUUGGAUUAUAUAUCAGUGAACGGAACAGACAAAUAUCCCGGUCUUCAUGGAGUUUAUAGGGAUGGAAGUGCCCGGAGAGACAAGCAAUACAGGGACUGGCACGUGGGGAGUGCCACAGGUAGAUUGCGUUAUUUAAUACAUUGGUUUGAUAAAGUUCACUGGAAAAAUUUGGGCGAAGAACUCUAGGAAAUGGGGGAGUUGGCCAUGUGGACAUCUGAGGGGGUAGCAUCCUAGCCAGAGAAAAUAGUGAUGAAGGGGCCCUAAGGCAUGAGCAGGUCUGCCAUGUGGAGGAACAGCAAGGACACCAGUGUAGCUGGAGUAGGAGUGAAAAGGAGAGCAGCAGAUGAGGUGGGAGAGGUCAUGGGGCCAGAUCACAUAGGACCUUGUUAUUGCCAGCAUUCAGUGACUUCUUAGGUCUUGUUAUGUUGCACUUUUGUUUAUUGUAGCAUUUAACCAUCACUUCAACCGUACGAAAGAGGUACAGUUAUUUUACCAAUUCUACAAAUGAGAGAAUUUUUAGAGAGGAUCAGGUGCUUGCUUGAAGAUACACAGCUAGUAAGCAGAAAAUUAGGAUUUAAACCCAAGUCUGUGAUUCUAGCCUGGACAUUCAUCCUUAUGCUCUUCUAUGUUCGUUAAAUGCUAAGCGAGAACCAAGAAAAGGCUUUGAGUCCACCCUUGGGCCACUGCUUAGAAAGAAGAGUAAAGCUGAGGGAAUAGAGUCCACAAAAGAUGGAGGAGCCCAGCGGGUCAGAGCUGGUCGGACCUUUUUGUGAUAAACUUGGAGGCUCUGUGGUGUAGUUUAGCAAGGCAGGCAGAGUUCCCUACCCCAAGCAUGUGCCAGGAGGCACAAAUUGAGCUAGGGAAAAAGAAGCAAGGCUUCAACGCUAAGAGAAGUGUGAAGCCAUUUGGAGUGUGAUGACCACAGACUGUAUCUGAUUUCUGUGAACCAGCCACCUCUUAGGAGGUGAUGACAUGAGAAAGUGACAGUUGACUUAGUUUCUCACAGAGAGCACUGGUGCUGAAUAAACAAGUUUAAAUUGUCGGGAGAGGGCAAAUUUGGUUAUCUGGCAGCCUUGCUCAGAGUGAAGAGAUGGUCUCAUAAAGGAAGCUGAGCUGAAGAGUGAGGGGAAAAAAAUGGGUGGGUUUGUACCUUAGCAGUGACUGAUAGGUUGUUUAAAUGUUCAGUUUUCUUUCCACCUUCCAUUCUUGGUGUGAACAUGCAUUUUAAAUUAAUUAGUAGAUCCAAAACAAACCAAUAAAGGAUCUUUAAAAAAAGAUCUGUUACUAGAAUAUCACUGUACCUAAAUACUGUAGUUGUCUCUCUCUGCCGU